GCUUUUCUUAUAGUAAUCUUGGGUAAAUUAACUGUUUUUGGUGUUCCUAUUUUUUUUGUGGUAAAUGUGUUACAAAACUUUAUAAUUUAUGUACGUCAACCGGCUCUAUGAAUUCUAUAAAUUUAUUUACAUACUUAUUAAAGAUUCCUCGUAAAAACUCUAAGUGAUUAUAAUUUACUGUGAGUCUUAUUGAAUCUACUAUUGAAAACUUAACUAAAAAUAACAUGGCAUAUUCUACAAGUGUUAACAUAAGCAUUGAGACUCCCGCUGAAAAUAUAAUCCAAGAAAUUUCAUAUGAUGGACAAGAAGUAUACCAACCGCCACUUUCUAUGUCAGAUAAUUUAUCUAAACUAGCUCAGAGGAUUGAUUUUAGUAAGGUAGAUCAAGAUGAUGAUAACCAGCCUGAAGCUGAAAUAAAAUCUGAAAAUGAUACUAAGGAACAACCACUAAAUGCUUCAGCAUCUGGAUGGAUUGAUUCUGUUAUUUCUAAAUUAAAGCGUGCUGCUACAGAAAUUUGUGUUAUUUCAGAUGUAUUAGCUAUCACAAAAGAAAAAAGAUAUAUGAUGUUAGAUCCUAUACAAAAUGAGUUAAUCGAAACAAAACCUAUGGCUCAAAUUUAUCUUCGAAAAAAAGCUUUGGCGAGUGCAUCAAAUAUUAUUAUGUCUGCAGUAGACCGCUUAAGAAGUAGUCAAAAUGAAUUUUUAAGAAAUAGAACAACUCCUGAUUUUCAUAUUGAAUUAUUAAGACUUCGACAAAAUUGGAGAUUAAAAAAAGUUUCUACAGCUAUUAUAGGAGAUUUAAGCUACAAAACUGCUGGUUCUAAAUUUGGUCAAAGUGGUAUGUUUGAAGUGACAAAAGCAGAAGAUGAUACUCAUCAAAAUUUAGCAGGAUCAAAUGGUAGUCCUUCAUCUUCUCCUGUACAAACUGCAGCAGUUGUAAAAUCACCUUCAGCGCUUAGAGUGACAAUUCCAGCUGAACUUCAAGGAGUGUCAUACAUUAUGGUUUUAUGUCAAAAAGACCAAGAAAAUAUUUUCAAUACAUCUUUUAAUUUAUUGGGGUCUGCCCCAGCAACACCGAAUCCUGAUAUGCAUUGGCAACAAAAAUUAGAAGCUGCACAAAAUGUAUUAUUUUGCAAAGAACUGUUUAAUCAACUUGCUAGGGAAGCUGUCCAAUUACAAGCUACUAUUCCUCAUAUGGUUGUUGGAAAUCAAAUAACAGCAACAGUAUUUCCUGGUAUACAAUUAAUCAUUGGCCUAUGCCAUAGUUCAACAGGUGGAAACUCAAAUGGUGUGUUACCACCAAAAACUGAUCAUGAUCAUGUACUAGAACAUUCGCUUCAUCAACUUCUUAGAGAAGUUCAUCAUAAAAAUACUCAUCAACCAUUCCCACAUCCAUCUUCAGGUCCUUUAGGACCAAGUAAACGACGGGCUGUUGCAGGACCUAAUGCAGCAGAUCGUUUUGAUUUAUUAGAAAUGUCAAAAAGCCAGACAUUGUUGGAACAAAUCAUAGAACAAGCACAACAUUUUUUCAUGAGAUUACGUACUGAAUAUGUCUUAGAUACAUUGUCUAAAGAGGUAAAAGAUCCAACUAUAAUAUCUCAUUGGAAUUCAUUAAACUCUCCUACUCAAUCUUGUGUUAAAAUUACUAUUGUCUCUCAUGGAUUUGAUUGUAUAUGUCGAACCUCUCUAGUCAUCCAUGUAAUGAAAAAAUCACUAAAAUGUAUUUGCCGAGAUGGUAGAGUGAUGUAUUUAUCAUAUGAACCUCAAGAAUUGAGAGAUUUAAUAUUUUGUCAAGUUUACCAACAUCAAAUUGCUGGUGUGCAAUCUAUUGCAAAAACACAUGGUUGGCAAUUUUUGGCUAGUUCGUCACAUCUUGGAUUAGGACCAGUUGAACCUAUGGGUAAUGCUAGUUCAUGCUUAUUAGCUUCUCCAAUAGGAGAUAGAUUAAUAUCUGUGAAAUGUGAACCUCAGGGUAAUGUUAGUGUGAGUAUUGCACAUUCACCUAAAAAAGAUUUUUUUGGUGGUCAACUAGUUAAAGAAAGAAAAUGGGAAAAUUUAGGCGGCUCUUUUAAAAAUGUUCGAUGGGACAAAAUGGAGGGUAAAAAUUUUUUGAAUAAAAUUGAACUUCUGAUGGCAAGUUUAACUAAUUCUACAUAAGUUUUUUAAAAAAAAUUAAGUUAUCAUACUUAUUGAUUGUUUAAUUAAUACAUUUAUAUAAAAAUUAAUAUUACAAAUGUACAAAAAUAUGUAAAUUAUUAUUUUAUAUUGUAAUUAAACCACUUAUAUUUCAAUAUAUUUAUAUUUAAAUAAAUUCUAUUAAGUAUUAAAAUUAAUUUUUUAAUUUAAAUACAAUUUUAUAAAUAAAAAUGCCUAAUAGUUGUAUUAUUUUUAAAUUAAAAAUAAUUAAAUGUCUAAACAUUUAGUGUAUAAAAAAUGUACAAUGUUUUUUUAUUUGUUAUUAAAUUAUCAUAUAUGUUGUUCAGUAAGUAAGGAAACGGGUUUCUAUUGUUCUCAUUGUCACUCUGUGUAAUCCAUAAUUAAAUUGAAAGUAUAUAGAAUGUCUCAGAUCUAA